AUGUAUCUUCAGCCGUCAGCAUCGUCAGCUCCGCGUCGCAAGAACAUUAUCAAGUUCCCGCAAUCUGCUGAGUUCGCAUGCACGUUUUGGUUAGUACCUCACACGGGCAAGCAGCGUCACGCCAACUACUUAGUGAUCACGUGGUUCAAUAUGUCGACUCUUCAAGGGCAUAACGCACGGAUAACCUCUGCGAUUGAAAUGCUUUCUAGAAUGCUUUCUAAUGUCGAUCCUAGUUGUCUAAAGCCUAUUGACAAGACGAUGGUACCUGAAAUACAAUUUCGCACAAUUCAACGCCGUAAAGGGAUCAUUUCCGCUGGCAAGCGUGGAAUUGAGAAGGCGACAGAAGUUCUAAGAGGUCGUUACGAGUCGUCGUUAUCUUUUGCUCAAACUCAAGAAAACUCCGCCGCAAUCAAGCAAGAGCUUGAACAAUUCUGGAUAGAUCAACAAGGCGAGAAAAUCAUGGAGGAAGCGCAAGUUAUCAUCGUAACGCUUGACGCACAACUCCUCAUGGACGACUCUAUGUACCACAUUCUCCUAGUGCAGCAUAGCGACGAUAUAGUCACCGCGACGUCAGCGAUUAGUAUCGCCGACGCGCCACAAACUACCAACAUCCCGAUAUGCCGCGGUAAUGACGAUAAUCCAGGAAGAUCAACAGUUGCGGCUACUCAGGAUUCCUCUGCCUCCAUGCUGCAGCCGAUUCAGCUUCGUCGGCUGGAAUUACCUACGUUUGACGGUGAUGUUGCUAAUUUCUAUGACUUCUGGUGCAGAUUUAAGACUGCGGUUCACGAGAACGACAGUCUUUCGUUGUCCACCAAAUUCAUUUAUCUGGCAAAUUCACUAAAAGGUAGCGCUGCGUUAUUAAUCCAGGGUACCUCAGCUGGGGCACAAAGGGAUACUCUUUGCCAAAUCCAAUCAUUCGUUAUGCAACUCAAUCGCUACGAAGAUACCACCACUUCGUGGUCACUCAUGACCCUAAUCAAGAAGAAGUUUCCUCGUGAAACUCAAUUGGAAGUCAAUAAACUGGAACACCGAUCAGGGAAAACAUGGACAUUACCUGAACUCCUGGAUGCACUCAAGGAAGUCAUCGAGGAGUUCGAAAAGCUAGAGGACUACGCGGUCACCACGUCUGGAUCCCUGUUGGCGGCUAACCCUGUUUCCGUCGAACGUUCGAGAACACCAACACCAGAGCCACGAUAUGACCCCACGAUGUGUUGCUUCUGCAACUCAUACAAUCAUACGUCGAGGCGCUGUCAUUAUUACAUGCCACCUUCGAAUCGUCGCAUCAUAGUCAAUUCCCUUCGUCUUUGUUGGAAAUGCCUCCGUGCCGGACACCCUAGUCGGGCUUGUAGUCGAUCCGACUGUUCACGUUGUGGCGGAUCCCAUCACCACCUUAUCUGUACUCAUUCCACUAGGAGAUAUCGCUCACCCGAUUCUGGCAAAAGACCACAUUCACGUGAAUCUUCUUGUUCGUCAUCAGAAAGGCAUUCACGAAGCAACUCUCCUAGAAGAGCUACAUCUUUCGAAAGAGGAGCUUCAAGAUCACCUUCGCGCAAAAGAUCUCUUUCUGCUAGAAGGCAUUACGAACGAACACCUCCGCAUCAUGGAAUGUCAGACAGAUCAAGCAGUUCCCAACGCCGAACAGUCCGCUUUCAAUCACCCGUACGCGAUAACAGUCCCUACCGUGGAAGCUCGUAUAGACGUGACCGCACGCAAGAUCGCGAACUUCCUGUCUACUCAGCUCUGGACUCGGACGAAGAAUAUGAAAAAGUUAUGGAUCUAUAUCGUGACAAGAGUCCUUCGGCAACACAGGUAUCUACCACGCUAGAUACGACAGCUUCCUCUACCCUGAUGACCGUAGAAGCCGAAGCCAUCAACCCACAGACCGGUACUAUUAUAACUGUCGUACUUCUACUUGAUACAGGUGCACAGAGAAGCUUCGUUUCACAGGACACUAUUAAUAAGCUUCAUAUUUCCUUUUCCAAUACAAUUCCACUGACGACAAUUUCCUUCGGGGAAAUACGUACGACAGAAAAUUCUGGAAUUGUGGAUAUUGCCUUUAUCGACAACCUAGGAAAGAAGUUCCGGAUGGUCCUCCGCACGAAGGACAAAAUUACGGCCCCAUAUUCUCCAGUCAACAUCACACAAGAAGACAUGCAAUUCCUUCGCUCUCUAGAUAUUGACUACACCUCACUUACAGCUCCACGCAUGGUCACACCAAACAUUCUGGUGGGCAUAGACUACUUCUGGGAUAUUGUCACAUCAGACCGUCCACAAACACUUCCAUCUGGACUCGUCCUUUGCCGCACGCGUUUUGGACCAACUCUUUCGGGAUCCAAGUCCAUGUCGGACGUUCUAGAUCACUUCUGGAACGCCUGGGCAACGGAAUAUCUCAGCGCUGUGGCUCAACGCCAUACAUCCACAAUAAACCAAGGAAAAUCUACGUCAAAACUGCCAUCUGUGGGAGAAUUCGUAUUAGUGAAUGAUAAACAACAGCCACGCCCACAAUGGAACUUAGCAGUAAUAACAGAGGACAGAAGUCUACCUCCAGAUGAACGUCUCUCGCUACGAAUCGCACAGUCGCUAACAGUUGCAGCCAAUUUCGAACAUACGUUCAGUGUCGAGCAUUUAGCAACUCGCGAUUACGUUAUGAUUGACGCAUUCCUACGUCAUGCCAACUAUUUCUCAUUCCGGGAUUGCAUUGUCGAUGACGCCACCUUACCAACGCCAGCGGAUCUGGACUAUCCGCCCGUGAAGAAAUAUUCUAUCUAUCUGAUCGUCCAAGCAUACAAAGGCCUUCAUGCGCCCAACCAAAAGUCGAAGUCGUUCAUCAAAGAAUUAUCUGAGCACGUCGAGUACUGGAAAUCUGAAGAAAAACUAGCUGAGCUCUACGAACAACUACUUACUAUUCUCUACAAUAUUCAGAACCAUCGUAAUACAUUGACUGAUUUGCUCAUUCCAAACGUCCUAAAUCCGAUCGAGGACAAUAAGGAACUCGUCGAUAUGCUAUCUAAUUUCAAUGUCACACUCAGCUAUAUAAAGGUCGUCUGCACGACCGCUACUGGAGAAACAGCAACUGAAUUCCUCACCCUCAAGAAGAUCAACUCUGCAAUUGCACGGCUUCACAACAUUACACUCGAAUCGUCUCUACCGGCUGAAUCAAUUGACCUCAGCGAUAUUCCUACUAUUGAGGAGAUGCACGCCGCAACCGGAGGUCCCGUUCCAGUCUCGCCUACUCCGCUGGAAUCUCCUGAAACAUCAACCGCGCAGGCUGUCAGAAGAACUACACAGAAGUCUACUCCAGACCUGCAUAUUCGCUCGUCUACAUUCGUUACUACAACUCGUCGUACGAAUACUUCACCUCAUCAUAAGAAGAUAACCGUCUCACUCACACCUCGUACUUCGCCUACUCCGUCCUCAUCGUCUCGAAACCGCGACACCAGAACAGUUUGCGCUGUGCGCACCGUUUCAACCAGUCACUCUCCGGAUAGGCACCGUCGACAGAGAAUGUCUCCUUCUCGUCUCCGAAGACCUUCACCGCCGAGAGAGCCGCAGCCACCCGAUCUCGUCUGUCACUUCUGUCAGGGAAACCACUACAGCGCAGGAUGCACUGAAGUCAAAAGUCUCACGGAUCGCGCCAUAAGAGCUGUAUCUGUUGGCAAGUGUCUGUAUUGCCUGAAGGCCCAUUCGCCAGGCUACUGUAAGCGCAAUAUUGCCUGCCGCGUCUGUGAUUCUACUGAGCAUCAUCCGACCCUAUGCCCUCUGAGCUACUUCCUUAUUCGUGACAUUGGUCCAGACGUGUCGAAAUUCUUCGGAGCCAUGUAUGUUCUCUAUGAGAACUACCAUCGUUGCCGUUGA